GCGGUCACUGUUGUCGCCUCGUCAGCUGUUUUCAGACGAAACAGAAAUUUCCUUCGGCAUUUCAGAUUUACGGGAAUUUAUCACGAUGUCGACUUAUAAACCGGUGACUCAUGUUAUUUUUGACAUGGAUGGACUUCUGUUAGACACAGAGAGGCUGUACACCGAGGCCACACAGGUGAUUGCUUCGCAGUAUGGCAAGGUAUACACUUGGGAGAUUAAGGUCCAGUUGAUGGGUAUGAAGGGGCACAUGGCUGCCCAGCAUAUCAUUGACAGCCUCCAACUGCCUCUCACAGUUGAUGAGUACCUUGCCAAAAUCACAGAACAGUACAAUAGUAUCUUUCCUAAUGCAAAAGCUUUGCCAGGUGCAGAAAAGCUUGUGUUUCACCUCCAUAAGCACAACAUCCCCAUUGCCAUUGCAUCAGGGGGAGCUCAGGAUAGUUUUGAGCUCAAGACAACCAAUCACAAGGAAUUAAUGUCCAAGUUUAGUCAUGUGGUGUUAGCCUCCACGGACCCAGAAGUGAAAAAUGGAAAGCCAGCACCGGAUGUGUUUCUUGUGUGCGCUAAUCGGUUUCCUGACACACCAAAACCGGAGCAGUGCUUAGUGUUUGAGGACGCACCUAAUGGAGUGGCAGCAGGUGUGGCAGCAGGAAUGCAGGUUGUGAUGGUCCCAGAUCCUCGCAUGAAGGAGGAUAUGACGAAAGGUGCUACUCAGGUCCUCAAGUCGCUAGAAGAUUUCAAGCCCGAGCUCUACGGGUUGCCACCUUAUGAUGCUUAGGUUAUUUCCAGUGAUUAUCAGUGUAAUUGUGAGAUAAGUCAGUUUUAUGUCUUUGGAGUUUCUUUUCUAUACUAUGCAGACUGUACAGUGAAUUUAUUAUUUUUGUGCAAGGUUUUACUGGGGUUUCAUAUUAUAGGAAUUGUUAAUUGUUUUCAAAGUACUGAAAAGUAUAUGGUUGUGAUUUUCAAUAAGCUGUCAGCUGUAUAAAUGUAAAAUGAUUUUUGAAAUUAUAGUAAUUAUGAGUUUAGAUACUGAAGUGAUAUUUAUAUAAAUAGCAAUUUUUGAACAAUCAUCUAAUAAUGGAGUAUACAUUAAAAAAAUGUUUACCUGGUAAUGCUGUCCAUGAUCUACAUAUGGAAUAAAUUCAUCAUACUUGCUACAAACUAUUUUCACAAGUAAAAUCUUAUCUUGUUUCUUAAUUUCUUUAACCCAAAGAUAAAAACUGUCUAAAUUAAUUUUAUUUAAAUUUUUUCCAAGCUUGCCAGCUGUAGACCGUAAAAGUUUCAAGAGAACAUUUUUUUAGUGCAAUGUGUUAUACAGAAAUUAUGCUAAUUUAACCUGUACAUUUUUUAAUACUCAGGUUAAUUGUUUUUUUUUUUCAAGGAAACUCAGUAACUAAACCAUAUUUAAAUGGAUUCAGUAUUUUUUUUAUAAAUGAUUUUUAAGAAAGUUGUAUGGCUAAUUUCUCAGAAUAAAUGUAGAUAUAACACCAGUA